UCAGGUAAAGGUUUAUGACUGGUGCGCUUUAUUAAGAUGAACUGAUAACUUAAGAUAUAGACACAAUUGUACAAUUUAUCAAUCUGUACAAACAUAAAACCAUCGGGUCGACCCCCCUCUCACGUUGAAAUGACAUCAUGUCACUCGUUUACACGUUUACACUGGAAUUACAGUCAGUUAUCGAAUAUAAAAAAAAAGAAAUCAAAAAACACACGUCUUAAAAAAACACAGAACAAUGGAGGAACAUGAACAGGAUCAGAAAUCAGGAAUCACCUCGUCCACAGAUCGCCAGCUAGUGAGGCGGCGAGGCCCGGCUGCCGGCGCCGUCUGUUAGAACAAAAACGCCAUUGGCACUGCCAGCCAGGCCCGCCCGCUCCAGAACUACCCAUCUACCCCCUGUCUCUACACGCACACACACACAUACGCACACACACACCAAGGUCAGGCAUUGUAUACGUCUGCUAACACCACCACACACUGACACGGCUACCACCUGGAGGUUCUACUGAGCACACACUCGGAGAGUUUUAGCCACAGGUUAGCGAGGCGUCUGUCAGCCGGGCGCCACGAUUAAGCAUCAUCCUAGCUAGCUCGCCAAGCGUAACCCUCAGCGGAUUUCAUGGACAGUAAUGUUAGCUACAUAAGGCGAUACGACGUGGAGUGCAGUCGUAGAGAAAGCCAUGCGUUGUGUUGAAGUCAGAGGCAGCUCGGUGUGUGUAGGCUCAAUGUGACGGGUCAACGUGGGUCAACACAGGUCAACAUGGGUCAACGCAGGUCAACAUGGGUCAACACGGGUCAACGCGGGUCAACACAGGUCAACACGGGUCAACACGGGUCAACACGGGUCAACGUGGGUCAACGCGGGUCAACACGGGUCAACACAGGUCAACGUGGGUCAACACGGGUCAACACGGGUCAACGUGGGUCAACACAGGUCAACACGGGUCAACGUGGGUCAACGCGGGUCAACACGGGUCAACACAGGUCAACGCGGGUCAACACGAGUCAACACGGGUCAACGCGGGUCAACGCUGGUCAACGUGGGUCAACGCGGGUCAACACAGGUCAACACGGGUCAACACAGGUCAACACGGGUCAACACAGGUCAAUGCGGGUCGACACAGGUCAACACGGGUCCGUCUCUUCACGGGGAGGACGGAGCGAAGGUUCUGAUGAAGAGGGAGGCGGGUGAAGGUGAGUUCUUGGCAGGUGAAUGAGGGGCGUGUCUGCAGGGUGAGCGGAGGAGGAGGCACUAGGACCUGGAGGAGACCCAAGUCCAGCUCAGAGCGCCAAAGGAAACUGAUCGAGUUCUGUAGAGUUCUGGUUCUGUUUCAGUCUGAGAGAAGGAGGAGGUCCAGAUUCUUCUUCAUGUGCGGUAAAAACUAACUCUAAACAGAAAGCGUGUUUACUAAAUCAGCCGUUUAGGUUUCAGUGCAACAGUUUGACUUCCUCAUGAAAUCCCGCCGAGCGUCCGAACUACAGCUCUGUGCGUACAUGCAAAGCUCCAACGCCAUUGGACCGAGUUUGGAUCAGAACAUUAGUGAGUAUCACCGUCCUCAGACAGAGGGGUCAAGUCCUUCAUUUAAUAACUAAGGAAAGAAAUCAGCCGUGUGCGAGUUUCUGCAUAGUUGUUGUUGUUGUCCGAUGUGUUCAAACACGAAAACGGCGUUCUGAUCGUCGCCGUCGGAGCGGCGCCGUGUCUGCAGGACCACGGGAAACCCUCUAAAGGUGAGACCGCAGAGUCGUCCACCUGAUCAACAUGCAGCUCAGCAGAGAGCCUUCGACAGAGACAUGCAAAGCUGUCACAGCCCAACAGCGCCACCUGCUGGAAACACAGGGACAACACCGCUGCAUGCACGCUCGCUCGCCCACGCCGGCCGUCCUGCUGCACCAACUGAAGCGAGUUUCUACGUUUCACUAGCGUUUAUAUUCACAGCAAUCAGAUCAACAUGGUAUGACACGGCCGGAGCACGCCGCCGCUCUACACGGUGGCGCUCCGCCGUACAUCCACGUGGUUUCCACAACAGUACAUUGCACUAAAGAGGAGGGGGCGGGGCUAAUAUGACAGCUCAUAUAUAGGAAUACACUUGAUGUGCUUUAAUUGAUAUAUACCUAAGAGUAGAUAUAUAAGAGAGACAGACAGACAGACAGACAGCUGAUAGAAAAGGUGGAGGAGCGGACAGAAGAAGAAGAAGAAGAAAACUCAUCAUCAUCAUCAUCAUCAUCAUCAUCAUCAUCACAUUCAUAUAUUAAGACAUUUUCGUGACUCAGCGCAUCUACAGUAAUGAAAUCUAAAGUGAUAUGAAAUGCCUGCUGCCUGCGCUCCUGAGGGGGGGCUCUGCUGGGGCGGGGGGGGGCCACCCCACACGGUGACUUUUAUACUGGGAUAUAUUUACCAGGGCGGGGGGGGGGCGGGGUCAGGGUG